AGGUGCAGGCCGCCGGCUGGAGACUCCGCGGGAGCGCGGCCAGGCGGCCUCGCCCGGGAGCGGGCCGGGCUCCUCCCGAGCCCGCCGGCCUCUCGGGAGGGGACAGAGCGUGGGCUUCUGCCUCCGGCCAGGGAAAGCAGAGAGUAUGAAAGCUUACCUAAAGAGUGCAGAAGGCUUUUUUGUCCUGAAUAAAAGUACUACUGUUGGAAGGCAUGAAGACUCAGACCUUGUUUUAGAGUCUGCUGACAUUGACAACCAUCAUGCACUUAUUGAAUAUAAUGAGAGCGAGGACAGCUUUGUUCUCCAGGACUUCAAUUCCCGAAACGGUACCUUCGUCAACGAGUGCCACAUUCAGAAUGUGGCCGUGAAGCUGCUACCCGGAGACAUCCUGAGAUUUGGGUCUGGAGGGCUGACCUACGAACUGGUCAUUGAAAAUCCACCCUCGGUCUCCUUCCCAUGGAUGAGUGGUUCGGUACCUUGGCCAAGACCACAGCCACCUCGAGCCACACAGCAGUCGAAACAGUCACCCUCACCACCACAGAUGCCCUUCCGCCCAGGCAUCUGGCCACCACCAGUGCAGAGGAGCUGGUCCCAGGGGUUUCCCAGACCCACCAUGGUCCCGCCUGCCUCCCACAAGCGGCCUGUGAGUGCUGGUGGGAAGAUGUUCUCCUUUGUAGUGGAUGGCACUCACAGGCCUCCCAUCAUCAAGCAAGUGUGGACCAAUGCUGUGGAGCUGUCGGAACAGUCAGUGGUCGAAGGAAUUUCCGGGGCAGGACCUUCCAGGGAUAUUUAUGUGGACCAGGACCCAGCCCAGCAGGAUAAGGAUGAAAUCAUUCUGCUGCUGGGGAAAGAAAUCAGCCGUCUCUCGGAUUUUGAACUUGAAUCCAAAUACAAAGACGCCGUGAUAGCGAAGCUGCAGGAUGAGGUGGCCAGCCUGAGUCAGAGGCUUUCGGAGUCCGCCUCGUCCAGGCAGAGUCGGUUCCAGGAUCUGGAUGAGGACAUCGAUGCCAAACGCAGAGAGAUCCAGAGCUUGAAAAACCAGAUCAGUGCCCUACAGAAAGGCUACAGCCAGGUGCUGUGCCAGAGCCUGUCUGAGAGGAACUCAGAGAUCACAUCCCUGAAGAACGAGGGCGAGAACUUGAGGAGGGACAAUGCCGUCACCUCAGGGAUGGUGUCAUCAUUGCAAAAAGAAGUGUUAACAAGGGAUGAGGAGAUUCAACAACUCAAACAGGAGGUGAACCAACUAAAAAGUGAGAACAAGGGAAAGGAUCACCAGCUUGAAGCCCUCAGCUCCAGAUGCUCCAUGCUGAAAGAAGAGUUAAAGAAGGAAGAUGCUCACAAGGAGCACCAGGAAGCCCAAGGGAAAGAGUUAAAACUCUGCAAAAUUCAAAUCCAAGACAUGGAGAAAGAAAUGAAGAAGCUCAGGGAGGACCUGAAGAAGAGUUGUACUGAACAGAACAUGAUCUCUAAAACGCUGCUAGAAAAGAGCAAGGUUGAAGAGAAGCUUCAGGAGGAUUCCAGAAGGAAAUUGCUCCAGCUACAAGAAAUGGGGAACAGAGAGAACCUCAUUAAAGUCAAUUUGGAAAGGGCAGUAGGUCAGCUGGAGCAUUUCAGAAGUCAAGUCAUCAAGGCCACCUACGGACGGGUGAAGCCGUUCCUGGACAAGCCCAUCACCGAUCAACAGCUAAUAGAGAAGAUUACCCAGGUCACUGAGGACAACAUCAACUUUCAGCAGAAAAAAUGGACGCUGCAGAAGGAGACUCAGCUCAGCAAUUCCAAACAGGAGGCAAUCACAGAGAACGUCGAGAAGCUGAAGGCAUCUUUAGACAGCUGCCAGGCUUGCAUGAAAAUGUCCUGCUGUAGCAAGGACCUGAAGAAGGAGGUGGACAUGCUUCAGACCCUUCAGGUGAGCCCACCUGUUUCAGGGCUCCAGAAGGUGGUGCUGGACAUCCUGCGCCUGUCGCUGUCCUGGCUGGAGGAAACAGAGCAUCUCCUCCAGGAAGUCGGGAUCCAGUUAUCCAGCUCGGACACAGGAUUGUCUUUGUACCUGGAAUAUCUUCUGGUAUAUUAUAAAAAAAUUACAAGCCAAACCCAGGAACUUCAGAUCAAGAUCCACAGUUCUCAGGAAACUCAGCAGUCUUUCAUGCAAGAGAAGCUGCGGGAGCAUCUGGCAGAGAAGGAGAAGCUGAAUGAGGACAGGCUGCAGCAAGAGGAGAGGCUGAAAGCCAGAAUCAAGGGGCUCAUGGAAGAGAAGGCGGCUUUGGAGGAAAGCAUUACUCAAGAGAAAAACAGAGCAAAAGAAGCAUUAGAAGAAGAACAGAAGAGAAUCCAAGAGCUGGAGAAUCGCUUCGCCCGCCAGAAGAAGGUCUGGGAGGAAAGCAUUACUCAAGAGAAAAACAGAGUGAAGGAAGCAUUAGAAGAAGAACAGACCAGAGUCCAAGAGCUGGAGAAUCGCUUAACCCACCAGAAGGAGAUUUCAGAGAGCAGCCUCGCCUACGAGAAACACAAAGCAAAAGAGGCCAUAGAGAAGGAAAAGAAGAAGGUGCAAGAUCUGGAGAACCACAUAACCAAGCAGAAAGAGGAAAUAGACCUAAAAGUGCAAAAAGAAGAUGUUUUAAAUAAUAAAUUAAAGGACGCACUGGCCAUGGUAGAAGAGACUCAGAAAACCAAGACAGCCGAGAGCCUAAGAGCAGAGAGCCUCACCAUGAAAUUAAAUGAAACGUUAGCUGAACUGGAAACCGCCAAGACAAAAAUGCUCAUCAUGGAGGAGCGGAUACAGCUGCAACAGCGGACAGUGAAGGCCCUCCAGGAAGAACAGGACUCACAGAAACACGGAUUUGAAACAGAAAUCAGGGAAUAUAAGGAGCAAAUCAAACAGCACUCCCAGACGAUCGUGAGCCUCGAAGAAAGACUCCAAAAAGUGACUGAGCAUCAUAAAAAAAUAGAAGGAGAGAUUGCAACCUUAAAGGACAACGACCCAGUCCAGGAGGAGGUGAUGCAGCGAGACCCCCCAGCAGUGCCUCCGAUGGAGAGCAGUGUCAAAGAUGAAGUAUGUGACACCCUGAUAGGGGAUCUACUGACCGCUCAGAAGGAAAUCCUGUCUCAGCAGGAGGUCAUCAUGAGGUUAAGGAAAAACCUCACGGAAGCCCACAACCGAAUGUCAGAUUUGAGAGGGGAGCUUAAUGAAAAGCAGAAGAUGGAACUGGAGCGGAACGUGGCGCUGGUCCAGCAACAAAGCAGUGAGCUGCGAGCGCUCAAGGAAAAGAUGGUGCAGCUGACCAGCCUGGUGGAAAGGAAGGACAGGGAGCUGGGGGUCCUCAAGGAGGCGCUCAGGGCCUCCCAAGAGAAACACAGAGUCCAGCUGUACAAGGAGAAGGAACGGAAGCCCAGGAACACGGCCCAGAUGUGUGACAUCUCAGUGCAGGUAGAACCAGUCCACACUGACAUUCUCUUGAGCAGUCAAGAGGAACAAUCCUUCAGUGAUCUAGGGGCCAAGUGCAAAGGGUCCCGACAUGAGGAAAUCAUUCAGCGUCAGAAAAAGGCCUUGUCUGAACUGCGUGCGCGAAUUAAGGAGCUUGAGAAGGUCUGCUCAUCAAAUCAUAAGGACCACCUGACUGAAUCCUAUCUAGACUUAAAGACGGUCAGAAUGGAAAAAAAUGUCCAGAAAUUCUUGGACGCAAAACCUGAUUUGCCAACUCUCUCAAGAAUAGAGAUCGGAGCGCCUCAGAAUGGCCUUGCCAACUCAGCCAUCCCAGCCAUGGAAAAGUCAGGGAAAAUGGAUGUAGCUGAGGCUUUAGAUCUCAGUGAAAAGCUGUACAUGGACAUGAGCAAAACGCUCGGGAGUCUGAUGAACAUCAAGGACAUGUCCGGUCACAUAUCCAUGAAAUACCUCUCUGCAAAAGAGAGAGAGAGAGUCAACCACCUCCGACAAAGGGACCUCGAUCUGGUGUUUGAUAAGAUCACCCAACUCAAGAACCGGCUGGAGAGAAAAGAGGAGCUUUUGAGAGGAUACGAAAAAGACAUAGAACAGCUCAGGCAGAGCAAAGUGUCCGUGCAGAUGUACCAGUCGCAGGUGGCAAAGCUGGAAGACAACAUCUACAAAGAGGCGGAAGAGAAGGCUCUGCUGAAGGAGGCUCUGGGGCGCACAGAGCACCAGCUGCGCCAGGAGAAGAGAAUCAACAGGGCCAUCCGGCAGCAGAAGGUUGGAUCCAGAAAAGCCGCCCCAAAGAUGGACCAAGAGAGGGAGACGCUGAAGAAAGACACAUCCAGCCAAUCCAGCCAGAGCCUUCUGUUUUCUAAGCCUGGUGACAGGAACUAGAAAUGUCAUCCCAUCGGGCCUUGCGUGAUCCUCCGUGAGUCACGUGGGUGACUCUUCUGUGUCAAAAUACUAAGACACUUUUAUAGGACUUUAAAGGUUGUUACCCUAGUAUGUUGCUGCCUAGACUGGUGUUUGCACAAUGCUGUAUUAUGGAGCAUGCAGGAAUAGACGUUCUUUUUAGAAUUACUUACAGAUGUACACAUACGGAGAAUGUAAGUUUCAAGCCCAGGCUCCUAGGCUUGGGGGAUACAAUUAUGUGGCGCCACAUCUGAGUUGUGACGUACCCACACAUCCACCUCCGUGGAACUGCAAGAAACCCACCACUGGCAAAACCGAAGAUGUAUACUGGGGCCACAGGACAGAAGGGCA